AGUAUAAAGCCCUAAUCCUUAAUCGCUCGCCGCUGCGCAUUCUUCUUCCUCGACCGACCGGUCCGAGCUCUUUCUUCUUUCUGUAGUUGGCUUUUUCCUGAGUUGAGUUGAAUAGUGAACAUGGGUCGUGUGAGAACUAAGACAGUGAAGAAAUCUUCAAGGCAGAUUAUUGAGAGAUAUUACUCAAAGAUGACGUUGGAUUUCCAUGUGAACAAAAAAGUAUUGGAGGAAGUUUCGAUAAUUCCAUCAAAGCGAUUGAGGAACAAGAUUGCUGGGUUUUCUACCCAUUUGAUGAAACGUAUUCAAAGAGGCCCUGUGAGGGGUAUAUCUCUGAAGCUGCAAGAAGAAGAGCGUGAGAGACGGAUGGACUAUGUGCCUGAAGAAUCUGCAAUCAGGACUGAUGUUAUUGAGGUUGAUAAGGAAACUCUUGAAAUGCUUUCUGUUCUUGGAAUGAGUGAUCUUCCUGGUGUUGUUAAGGCAGAGGUUGAACCGCAGACUUUUACAGCUUCUGGUCCUUUUGGAACAAGGGGAGGAGCUGCCGCCGCCGGUGGUGGUUUUAAGAGGAGAUUUUGAUGAUGAUGUGUAAAAUUUGUGGUUUUAAGAGGAGCUUUUUUCUUUAGUUUUAAUAUGUUAAGAGAGAUGGAGAAUGAUAAUAAUGUUGUUGUUUAGAUCUUUCUCUUAUUAUUAUUAAUUGAGUUAUGCCAUUUUUAAUUACA